CUUUUUCGCCCCUUAUUUCUCCGAGAAUCUUUUCUCCGUUUACACUUCAAAAUGCUGCAUAUAUUGAUAUACGAAAGUAUGUAUAGAAGUUUUCGUCAACCGUGUGCGGUUCCAGCAAAGAAGCUCGAGCUAUGCUCAACAAGAACGUCAACGGUGAUUAAGGUGACCACGGACUCUCAACCAGGCACUCUCCUCGACGACAUGAACCGCAUCAUGAUUCGGGAGAUUGCAAAGUCUUUUGACGACCUGCAGCCACCCAGGGGCGAGAAACGCAAAGUUGGCAUGUACAUGUGGGUGAGAGACAGCAUCACUAGGACGACCACGAAAUCUGUGUACGGUCCCAUGAGUCCUUACGAAGACAAGGCCAUCGCCGACGCCUUCUGUCAGCCUUCGCUUACCGCUCGCAAGCUCAUUGCUGCUCAGAGUAGAGUGUCUGAUGCUUUCCAAGAGUAUUACAAGGCAGGGGGUGUAGAUAAAGCAUCGGCCCUCACCCGCAUGCGAUACCAGGUCGAAGUAGAUCACAACGUCCCACUCGAGGACAUCGCACGCUACGAAGUGGGAGGCUCAAUUGCCGUCUUGUUCAAUACUGCCCCAAAUCGACUCUUGCACCGAAUCGUUGCCAUCGACGAAGACCGGUACUACGACCAAGACCUUGGAUGUGACAACUCUGGAAGAAAAGUGCCCUUUACUUCUGUCAGCGUAUCAGGAAGGUCUCCGACCUCCAUGGGAACAUCAGUACGCGAAGUCAUGGAGGACACUCUUUUGGAGGGGUUUUUGCUGAAGAAAGGCACAAUGCUUCAGAUGCCGAGCCGGAUCAUCCAUCAAGAUACGGAUCUCUGGAGCGCCGAUGUGACUCAGUUCAACCCCCGCCGCUUCCUGCCAGAAGAGAAGAAAAACCGGCCGAGCGAAGCUUGCUUCCGUGCAUUUGGUGGCGGUAAGACGCUAUGUCCCGGGAGGCACUUUGCUACCAACGAGAUUCUUGCUGUCGUUGCGGUGUUUAUUGCGCGCUUCGAUAUGAAGCCACUGGAAGGUGACUGGAGGCAUCCUUCUACCAUCAACACAAAUGUUGCUGCGGUUGUCAUGGAGCCAGAUGAUGACAUUGAGGUGGAGGUAGAGACUCGGAAAGGCUUUGAAGAUGUAGACUGGGAGAUUAAAUUGCACAAGUCUGAGAAGAUUUUCGCUAUGGUGACGGAAGACAAUGAAGGGUAA